AUGCCUCCCAAGAAGACCGCCGCUCCCGCCAAGGAGAACGUCUCCCUCGGCCCCCUGGCCGGUGAUGGCAAGCUCGUUUUCGGCGUUGCCCGCAUCUUCGCCUCGUUUAACGACACCUUCGUCCACGUCACCGAUCUGAGUGCAAACAUCCCACCCACACCUGAUCCGGUACAUCUGGAACUGGAAUUGGAAGGGAAGCGGGCACAACAAACAAACCUCGCGCUCAAUGCAAUGGUCUCACAUGGUCGCGAAACCAUCGUCCGUGUGACUGGUGGUAUGAAGGUCAAGGCUGACCGUGACGAGUCGUCCCCCUACGCCGCCAUGCUUGCUGCCCAGGACGUCGCCGCCCGCUGCAAGGAGCUGGGCAUCAACGCUCUGCACAUCAAGAUCCGUGCCACCGGUGGUAACGGCACCAAGACCCCCGGCCCCGGUGCUCAGUCUGCUCUCCGCGCUCUGGCCCGUGCCGGUAUGCGCAUCGGCCGCAUCGAGGACGUCACCCCCACCCCCUCCGACUCUACUCGUCGCAAGGGUGGUCGCCGUGGUCGCCGUCUGUAG